AUGGAGAAAUUAGGCAAUCUUUUUGAAUUCUUUGUCACUGCUGGGAUCAAGACUAAUGAUCAAGAUGUGAUUCUUUAAUCAUGCACUACUUCAAAUAAGAAGGAUCUUGCUAUACUAACGAUAUUCCCAAAUCCAGUGGAACGAAAGAUGAACCAUGUUUUAGCAGAUAUCGCCAUGUGGUGCUUCCCCUUGGGAGUGAAGACCAUCAAAGAGGGCGACACCAGAUUUAAUAAAAUAGAAGAAUAUUUCAAAGAGGAUGACAUUCAGGCAUCCACAAACGAGAUCAAUUACUUUGUUAUCAAUGAUUUUAAAUAGCACAUCAAGUUUUAUUGCACAUCAGCAUGCUUCUACGAAAAGAUGUUCUUGAUAAUGCCCCCUAAUGACAAAUUGAUGUAGGUCUUUGUGCCUAAGGCUUUCUGUGUCAUAUCUCGAUAUCCUGCUUUCAUUACUCAAAGGAGUUUUUUGUUGCAAUUGCUCAAAAUCCAGAAGCUACGUCUCUCGCAAAACAGGGAAAGAGAUAAAAUAAUUACUAUCAAAAGGGGACAACAGGAAUACUAAAUUGAAGAAAUCAAACUCUAUGACUUUUAUAUUCGAACAGCACUUACUUAAUGUCCUAUCGUAUAGGAUAACGUAGAAUACAGGUUAAAGUUCAGCAGUUCUGAGAUCUGGAUGAACUACUAUGUCUCCAACUCACAUUUAACAACUCACUUUUCUAUUUUUAAGUUGUCAAAUAACCUCUUCGAUGUUCUGAUCUUCAACUAACCCAUCUUUAAUUUGUACAAGUUACUUUUAUACAUGAUGCUGGAGUAUCAGAUUAUAAUAGUAUCUCGCAAACCCGCAGGAAUCACAUUAUUUUGUCAAUCAUUAGUGGAAUUGCUUGCUCCAUUGCAAUGGCGUGGUCUCUUUAUUCCAUUUCUGAGACCUGGCUCAUUUGAUUUUCACAAAUCCCAACUACCCUACAUCAUUGGUUUGGAUAGAAAUCUCUAUGAAAUAUCUGAAAAACCAUUGCCCAAAGAACUAAAACGAGUCAUUUAUGACAUUGACGAUGGACGUAUUCUUUCCAGAUCAGAUGAUCCCAAAUGUCCAAAAUAAUAUCAAAAUUACUUCAUUCGAAAAAUGAAUACAGUUUUUGCAGAACUUAAAUUCUAUGAGAAUGAAAUCUUUGAAGAAGGCAUCAUGAAAUAUCGAUAAGCUUUUUAUAAUUUUAAGUUACUAAUGUUAAAUGAUAUCUAUAAGUACUUUAGUACUGAUACAUCCAACUAGAAAUCAGAGAAAAAGAUUGUUAUGUUUGAUUAUAAGAAAUUUCUUAAUUCCUUUGAGAGUUAGGAUCAACUCUUUUUCUUGCAAUUUCUUAAAACUUUAUCAUUUCAAUAAUUUGUAAAGGAUCUCUAUAAGGUUAUGGAAUACAGAGAAGAAUUCAUUAAAAACAAUAUCCAAAAUGUAGAGUACUAUUUCAGCAGUGUACUACAAUUCUUUGAUGAUGUAAGAUUUCUCAGUAUCCGUUUUGGAGAAUAAACCCUUGAUGACAAAUUAGUCAUUUUAGAAAAUCUGCAAAAUAAUUAUAUCAAAGCAGUUCUUGAAAGGAAAAAUGAAUCCAGUAAUUAUAAAGUAGUAGAAAUGAAAACAACUGAUUUCAUUCCUGAAUAUUUGGAGCAUCUUAAAAACAGUAGUCUCAAUCUUAGUAUGGAAAUGCAAGCCUUAGCCAAAUUCAUUUAGACAGCUCCCUAAUAGGAAGAGAUUGUUGUUGAAUAACAAUAAAGAAUAGUGUAACAAGGUGGACCAGACAUGCAUCAAUCAGAAGAAUAAGAUAACAUCUCUUAAUAAUCCUCUAAAAUUCAGUCAGAUAAAUCAGAUCAACAUAGUUAAUUUCAUCAUUCAUUGCCUCCAUAAGAAAAGGUUAAUUGGGAAUUACAAACUAUAGCUGUAAGCAAUGCUUCAGAAUAUAGAAAAUAAUAUUAAGUUAAACAUCUAAAUCUAAUUAGUAAAAGGAAUACUUUCAGAAAAAAGAAUCUACUAGAAAAUGAAGAGGAAGAAGAACAAAUGCAAUUGAAUCAGAACACAAAUACAAACAACUUCAUUGUGACCAAUAUUGCAGAUAAGAAUAUGCUGAGUCUGCCUGUCAAAGAUAAUUAAUCAAUGGCAGCUAGAUCCUAUUUCAACAAGAGUAUGGUUCCAUUAAUUGGAGAUUAUGGAAAUGCUGAGAUUAUGGUACCUAAUUAAGAUAACAUGAUUUGA